AUGCAAGUUUGGAUAGGAUGCAAUGUGAUUUGGUUUCUUAGCCUCAUCCAGUAUCUCUUUACACCUUCUUCAAAUGCUACCAUUCGAAGAACACAUGCAAUCGAGCUUACCAUUGAUUCUGGUUCAAUACGAGGCGAAUAUUUGACAAUUGGCGCAAAUGAUUUUGCUGCUUUUAAAGGAAUUCCUUACGCUGCACCACCCGUUGGAUCGCUUCGUUUUCAAAUGCCAGAACCACCAGCAAAAUGGCGAGGUGUUAUGAAUGCUACUCAGUAUUCUGCGAUGUGUGCUCAGAAACCUCGAACUCGUCAAACUGACCCUUCUAAUGUUUAUCGAAUUCACAUUUCUGAAGAUUGUCUUUACCUCAAUGUUUUUGCACCCCCUCAGGUAUUCUGGUUGAAUUCAGAACUGAAGAUCUAA